GGUAUCAACAGCAGCAAACUGUGCCACACCAUCAAGCUGUACAACAGCCCGUACGACUUGCGCAGCAGCCCGUACAACAACCGCCGCAAGCUGUACAGCUCCCACAAAGGCCUGUGCAACUUCCCCAGCACAUACGCCCUGCUCAGCACCCAGGUUUUCCCCAGUUUUCUCAGUAUCAUCAGCAAUUCCCUGCUUCUCCCAGAUUCCCCACAGCAGCACCAUUUCGACAAGUGCAACAACAGCAGUCUCUGGCUAUCCAUCAGCAGCGUCUACAGCCACAGCAGCAGCAACCGCCACUCCCACCUCAACAGCAGCAGGUUCAGCUCCAGUUACUUCCACGACAACACCUGCAGCAGCAACAGCAGCUAUCGCAGCCCCAGGUUCAGCCCCAACAGCCUCAACAGCAAUUGCAGCAGCCCCGAGGGCAGCAACAGCUAUUACAGCCCAGAGCUCUACAUUUGCUGGCACAGCAACAGGCUCAACAGCAACGGACUCAAAGUGUGCGAGUACCUUUGUACCUUCGCAACCCCGGCCCUCAGAUCCCACGGCCAUUGGCCAUUACCUUGCCAGAAAAGCGGCCAGCUCCGCCAGAGGACGCAGCACCUCCUGAGCCAGCUGCUGAUACAAGCACCAACAUGCCAGCCGUUGUGGAGGAUCAUGGUAUCCGCGACGUGUGGGCCUCCAACAUGGAGGAAGAGUUGAGAAAUAUCAGCCGAGUGGUGCAGACUCACAGAUACAUUGCUAUGGACACAGAGUUUCCCGGUGUCGUCGCAAGGCCUAUCGGAGAGUUCCGCUCCACUCAAGAGUACACAUAUCAUCAAAUGAAGUGCAACGUCAAUCUGUUGAAAAUCAUUCAGAUCGGCUUCACCUUCUUUAAUCAGGCUGGUGAAAGAGCAGAACCUGUUUCAACGUGGCAGUUCAACUUUAAGUUUUGUUUGGGAGAUGACAUGUAUGCUCAGGAAUCUAUAGAACUUUUGAGAAAGUCUGGGAUACAGUUUGAACGACACGAGCGGGAUGGCAUGGACCCCUUUGACUUUGCUGCAGAACUGAUUGGUGCUGGGGUAGUGCUCCAGCCCAAUGUGUUCCUCUCUUUUCACAGUGGUUAUGACUUUGGCUACUUCAUCAAAAUGUUACAAAACCGAGACCUUGAGGAGGAUGAUGAGGAAUUCUUUGCCAAACUUCGACUCCACUGCCCUGACAUUUACGACGUGAAAUACUUGAUGAAGUCAUGCAAGGACUUAAAGGGAGGAUUACAAGAGGUCUCGGAUUAUCUGCAGAUAAAGCGCGUGGGUCCCCAGCACCAGGCCGGGAGUGACAGUCUCCUCACAGGAAUGGCUUUCUUCAAGAUGAGAGAGCUCUACUUUGAGAACAACAUUGAGAGAGAGAAGUACUCUGGCCACCUGUACGGACUAGGCCCAUUUGCUUCCAGCGCUGCUAAUGUGACCAAUGGCGCAUCAUACGGAGAAUAUGACACCACAGACAAUGGAGCCACUGGAGGAGCCCCAUAGAUUCCACAGAUUCACUUGUCUUCAUCUCAUAUCACAUCUUUUAUUUUUACUUUUUUAUUUAAUUUUUCUAAUAGCUUUUUAAUCUUUUCUUAGUAAACGCGUAAGCCUUUUUUUUUCCUGGGUGGAUAGGGAAUGGGAUUCAUUUUGAACUCUGAAAAUAUUUAUGCAUUAACCCUUGAUCAACCAUUAAGAGAUGCUUCAUUUUAAUUGCCUUUUACUGUUGAAAGAUUUGUGUUGACAUCGAUUUUAUUGAGCUGGCGUUCUGCCAUUUUACAGAAUUCUAAUGCCUGUAUGUAAUUUAAUGUUGAUACAAAGAACUUUACGAUCGUCCGGAACUUCUCAUAAUGAGUGAUCAGGGAAAUUCUGCAUUGUAACGGCUGGCCUGGUGUGUGUUCUGCCCAAGAGCAGAAAACUAAAACUAUUUUGGUCAACAGAAGUUUGUUUGGGUCGUCAGUCAUGGCGUAGACUUUCCUGGAUUUGUUCAAGCAUCAUGUGCUCUAGUGUCCCUUUGGGAAUAGAACUACAAGAUGUUCGAUCAGUACUGUUGUCAUCCCUAAUUUAUUUCUUUUCCUGGACAAUGAUAGUCAAACACUUGACUUGAUCGUCUGCCUGGGGCCACAAUGUUUUCAUACCAAGUGCCAGUAUAUUAUUAUAUUUAAAAUUCUCCUACGUGGUUUCUCUAUUCAAUUGUAUCUAUGUUGUAACUUUUUUCUUAUAGCGUCACAGUUUAUAUUGUCCAUAAAAGUACCAUCUUUUUCUCUAUGUGGGAGGGAGUAAUGACACAAUUUGUCAGACUUUGUGGUUUAUCCUGCUUUCUUAGAUGUUACUCAGAGUAAAUAAACUGAGAAUUUUCUCUCUGAUUCUUUUCUUUGGAUAACAUUGUGGCCCUACAUGACUUUCAAAAGUUGUAAUGUGCUCGCACCUUUUUUGUCAGAUUUUCCUUUGAAGCAGCUGUGGUGGUUUUGAUGCUUUUUCAAAUGGGAAAAUGACCAAAACUUGGUCGAUUUUGUUUCCACUAGGAUACGCAUGAUAAUGGGAACAAACAUAUGAAGUGUGAAAGUAUCAAGAGUACUCCCUGCUGUUUAUGCUCCAGUUUUCUUUUUCUUUUUUAACUUUUCAGAUUUUCUUCUGUUUAUUUGGAAAAUUAUUUUUCUUUGUACUUAAUUUCCACCCCACCACCCUCCCUCUCUUCAUGUCAUCAUACUCCUCCAUUCAUUUUCCGUACUUGUGGCAGUGCUGGGACUGUUGCCUUGUAUUUCAUUUUUCAUACAUGAAGUUGUCAAUAUGCCAAUUGUCCCAGGAAUAAAAGAUUUGAUGUUUCCA